AUGGCUGACUUACCCACCGAGAUAAAUAUCGUGACGCUCAACUGCUGGGGUCUAAAGUACAUCUCCAAGCUUCGCCGCGAGCGUCUCUUAGAAAUCGGCCGCCAGCUCGCCAUUGCCGACCCGCAGCCGCAAAUCGUCGCGCUCCAGGAGUGUUUCUGCCACGAGGACUACCUGACCAUCCGGCGCGAAACCCGUUACAUCCUUCCCUAUGGCAAGUUCUACUUUGCCGGUGCCUUCGGCGGGGGUCUAGCCAUCCUGUCCAAGUGGCCGAUCGAGGAGAGUACCAUGUUCCGGUACCCGUUAAACGGACGACCGACGGCCUUCUGGCGCGGUGACUGGUACGUCGGAAAAGGAAUUGCCUGUGCAAAGAUCCGGUACGGCUCGGGGCCGAAACACAUCAUUGAAGUGUUCAACACUCACACUCACGCCCCUUAUGAAUCUGGAACGCCUAAGGACUCUUACGUAUGCCACCGCACCGCUCAAUCCUGGGAGAUGUCCAAACUCCUCCGUGGCGCCGCGGAACGGGGCCACCUCGUCCUCGGCCUGGGCGACUUCAACAUGCUGCCCAUGUCCCUCGAGCACCACAUCGUUACCGCUCACGCGCCCGUGCAUGAUGUCUGGCGUGUUCUGCAUCCCGACAGUUCUGUCGGCCCAGCCCAUCACCCCCCGGAAAAGGCUCGAAACGUCCCCGUCCCCACGGCCCAGGAGAACAUUCUCAAGAACUGCGCCACCUCGGACGGACCCUUCAAUACGUGGCGCUGGCUACCCAAGCAUCAAAAGAAGCUAGGCAUCGGCAAGCCCGUGGUGACUGUCGACCCGAGUACGCCGGACCUUCGCGGGAAGCGGCUGGAUUACAUCUUUGCUGGAACGGGCGAUGUGGCGGCUAACGGCGGGGGCUGGGUGGUCAAGCGCGCGGCGGUCGGGAUGAUGAUGCGGCAUCCGGAGCUGGGGUGCUCGUUGAGCGAUCACUUUGCUGUAGAGGCGACGUUGAAGUUCGUUCCUUUGAAGCAGCAGCAGCACCAUAAUAGCAACAACAACAACAACAACAGCCCUUUCAGCGACACGCAUCAAACCGUCGUCAAACCAACCACCACUGUUCUCAACGACGCUGACAACCACCUGAUUCAAACGGGCACCUAUCUCCACGAAGCAUCAUCUCAAGGCACCAGUAUUGCCGAGGCUGACACCAAUGUCGACGCCGACGACAGCCUCUCCUACACAAAACAGCUCGCCGCUUUCAACUCCCCACCACCUCGCCUACCACCCAGCAGUUACGACCAAAUACUCAGUUUGAUCCACAAGUAUGUAGCCCGCGAGGAGUCGCAGCUCAGAUGGCGAGCAUACCACUUCUUUGCGUGGCUUGGGGUUUCGGUUGGGUGCCUCGUGGCUGUGUGGUUCGUUCCGCGCAAUUUUGUUGCUUUUAUCCUCAUGCUCGUCAGCACCCUGGGCUUGGUGGGAGGUACGUUGGAUGGGCUUAUGUCGCUCCUGUUCUUCAGAAGUGAGUUGCGGGCGCUGAAGGAGUACGAGUUUGAGAUUUUGACGGCCAAGGCGCUGGCGGAGGGCAAGACACCUGUCGUACAACAUGCUGGUACGGAGGAAGAUGGUGAUGACAGCAAGCAGUGGUGA